AUGCCUGUCCAGACACAAUUCUUGGGCCGGGAACAGGAAUUAUCCCAGAUAUCAGCGAUUUUAGGCCUUGAUACCAGCAGAGCCUCUCUUGUUAUAUGGGGGUUAAGUGGGUCCGGGAAAACACAGCUCUCGGUGCGCUAUGCUACAAGCAUGCUACGGCUGUAUGAUUCGGUGAUAUGGAUCGACAGCUCGACUUCUACAUCGAUUCAACAGUCGUUCGAGACGUUUUCAUCACGUUUACCCGGACACAGUCACGAUGAAUCAGCGACCGAUAAAGGUCUUGAAUGGCUGGCAAAUGGCUCAAACCGAUCUUGGAUCAUGGUUUUCGACAACAUCCCAGGAGCCUUUGAUGCUGAUUCCUCCGAAACCACAGACAUUAGAAAUUAUUUCCCUCGCUGUGAGCAUGGCCACAUGUUGCUGCUGACGACAGCAUCUGAUCUACACUUGCGCUUAGGCAUGUCUGCUAUACAUUUGAAGGGAGUAGAUGACUCCACGGGAUCGAAGAUUUUGCUACGAACUGCGGGAAUCAAAGCGCCUGGAAGCUCUGAACUUCUCGCCCAGUCUACUUCUCAGAAGCUAGGAGGUCUGCCACUCGCCCUCGAACAGGCCGGUACAUUUUUGUCAUAUGGUAUCGUUUCAUUACAAGAUUUCAAUAAUCAUUUUGAGGCACGGUUUGUCGAGAAGGUGCUCAAAACUCCCGUGAAGAAAUACGUGGGAACUUAUGAGAAAGGGAGAACUCUAUGGUCCGUUUUCCAAAUGGCAUACGAUGCUCUGAAGCAAAGAAGUCCGGAUGCAGUCAAGCUACUUCAUAUUGCAACAUUCUUGAGUCCAGAAUGUAUGCCGUUGGUAUUCCAAAACUCGAAAUCUCAGGAGUCUUCAGAUUUUACUCCAAAGACGCCUUUAAUCCCCCGCAGCCUGACAGAAGCACAGCUGUCCGGCCUCAGAACUUGGAUAAAAAGCCUUUUCUCUGAUAUUGAGAAAUUUGCGAGAGCUAUCGAUGCACUUGAAUCAUCCGAAUUCAUCAGAACAGAGCGACAUUCACAAGACACCUACGUCAAGAGCUGUGAUAUACAUGACUUGGUUCCAGGCAAGGGAACUGUGCAGCGUGCCGGGACCCUGAUGCUGUAUGAGGAAGAGAUUGAGAAGCUCUACAAUGAUGCCGACAAGCUGGCGCAGUUAGAUGCCACCCAGCUACCUGGACCCGGCGGAGUGGAUGAUGCUGCACAGGUUGCAGAGUAUGUCAAGACAACGAUCGCGUCCAUCACAGGCUGGAAGCCCGAGGACCUGUCUGAUGAAGCAAACUGGUUCAACCUUGGCCUGGAUUCGCUGCAGACCAUCACAGCGACCCGCGUUCUUAAGCAGGGAUUAGAUCUGCCCACCCUUGCCCCGAACGUGAUUUACUUGAACCCGACCAUCUCAGACCUUACCCACGCGCUCCAAAACCUUCACAAGAACACAGAAGAGUCCAUUGAGACUAGUAAGAAAACAUUGCUCCAAGCACGGGAUCAGCUGCUAGCCGAGCUGGUUGGCAAGCUCAAGAUUGAGGGAGUGAACGCCUCUGGAGAACGUCCAGCCAUUCAUACGGUUAUCCUCACUGGCUCCACAGGGCAGUUGGGCACAUACCUCCUCAACACCCUGGUUGAAGCCCCCGAUGUCGAGCACGUAUACUGUCUCGACUGCGAUGAGCGAGCUCGCGACCGACAACGAGAUCGCAGAGCGGCCUACGGUUUAGGCCCUCUGGACGAGAGCAAAGUCACUUUCUGGAAAGCCGACCUUAGCCAGACCAAUCUCGGACUCCAGAACGAAAAGCUACAAGAUUUGCAGCACAAUUCGACUCUGAUUAUACACAACGCCCGGCCCGUCAACUUCAACAUCUCACUGUCAUCUUUCAAGCCGCAGCUCGAGGGCGUCGUCAAUCUCAUCAAUUUCAGCCACCAGUCCACCCGCUCUGCACGCCUGCUCUUCAUCUCCUCCAUCAGCUCUGUUCUCGGCCACCGCGCGGAGUCCGACAGCAUCCGCGAGGAAACCGUUACCACCAGCACCCCAGCGCCAAACGGAUACGCCAACAGCAAGUACAUCGCCGAGCACCUGGUCAGCCACGCGGCUCAAAAGGGUCUUUCUCGCCCAGCAUAUGCCCGCGUCGGCCAGGUGGCCGGGCCCAUCCGACAAGCCGGCUUGUGGAACAAGGCUGAGUGGUUCCCCAGUCUCGUGCUGAGCUCACUCCGAUUAGGUGCCCUUCCUGAUAGUCUCGGGUUGGCUUUGGAUAACAUUGACUGGGUGCCAAUCGACCUUCUUUCCGAGAUCCUGGUCGAACUAGCCUUUGAUACGAAGAAAGGGCCGAGUGUCUACCACCCACUGAACCCGCACCCGAAGACAUGGCAGGAGAUUCGGCCUAUCGUCGCCGAUGCCCUUAAGGCAGCUACGGGGAAGAUCGUGGACACUGUUCCCUUCCGUGACUGGGUACAGAGGGUUCGGCGAGAUGCGGAGGCUGCUAGCCAGGGCACCAAGAAAUUGGGUGAAAAAGAAUUGCUGCUUCAUUUGGCUAGUAACCCUGCUGCAAAGCUGAUCGACUUUUUUGAGGGCCUGAUGGCUCAGACCACGCCCGAAAGUCCGUUAGAGACGGUGGCUACUGCUGCUGUUAGUGAGAAAUUCGGUGCGGUGCAGGCGGUUCAGCCGGAGUGGAUCCAGAAAUGGGUUCGGGAAUGGUUAGCAUAG